CCUUCCAGACGCUCAGGUCGUCGCAAAAUUAAAAUCGAAUACAUUGAGGAUAAGAAUCGUCGCCACAUUACCUUUUCGAAACGCAAGGCUGGCAUUAUGAAAAAGGCUUAUGAACUUAGCACACUUACAGGCACUCAAGUUUUGCUACUUGUUGUCUCUGAGACGGGUCUUGUCUACACGUUCACGACAGUAAAGCUACAACCUAUUGUGACCAAGCCCGAAGGCAAGAAUCUUAUCCAGGCUUGCCUGAAUGCCCCAGACCCCGUGCCAGCUGAGGCAUCAUCGUCUUCU